UUCAGUCGAGGAGCGAACGGCGAGCAAGGCGCACUCCGCCAACGUUCCCGGGGGUAGUUUUUAUUUUUUCACCUUUAACAUUAAUAAGUGUUUCAAAAAUGUAGUGAAUUAACUUGAUUUCGUGUGUGUGUGACGUUCCAUUCCGGGUGGAGGAGAGUAUUUUCUCCACCCGGAAUUGUUACGUCAAAAGAAGCAAAAACGAAAUGUGAGGAGCUACCCCCGGAUGAACUGCAACGCCGCCAUGUCGCCCUCAACUUCAACCUUAUCAAUUCAAUGGCAAACGCCCUCAAGGGAUUCAGAUUACUCUACUUCUCGGGUUGAUUGUGUUUUUCGAUGGAAUCAUCCACGUCGUCGCCUCGCAGUUGUCGUCGUGGAUCUUCGUCAAAGAAGAAUGGACCUUGGGAAAACAAUGGCCGGCCAAUUGGAACGUUACCAAUCACCUACUAGCUGUCUGCUUGGCUCUGCUGGCCAUCUCGCUGUUUCACAGCUACAUGUACCGACGUCGGGCGUUUCAGUUUUUUCGUCGACUUGGCAUUCCCGGACCGCAACCGAAUCUGAUUAAAGGCAAUGCCGAUAAAAUGCGAGACCUCUCCUUGGUGCCCAUCCACAUCAUGGACGAAUGGCAGGCGGAAUUUGGUGACUUUUACGGCUAUUACAUCGGAAUGAAGCCUUAUGUGGUGGUUAAAGAUCUGGAUCUGAUCCAGCAAGUUCUCAUCCGCGACUUCCACAAGUUUGUCAACCGGCCGGCUAUGGGCAUCGAAAUCAGACCCGUAAUCAACACCUUGGUUGGUCUGCGCGGUCAGCGAUGGAAGGAGGUGCGGCGGGUCAUUUCGCCAACAUUUUCCGCUCGUAAAAUGCGCAAAAUCAAUUGCACCAUCAAUCGUUGCGUCGACAUUCUGGUGGAGGUCGUCGGCAACCACGCCGAGAGUCAAAGGGACAUCGACUUUUACGGCGUCUUCCAGGGUCUAACUUGCCAGGUGAUUGCUGAAUGCGCACUCAACACGACAGUCGACUGUCAACGUAAACCGGACGAUGAAUUCCUCAAUUCUCUUCGUCAGUUCUUGAAGCAAGCCAACAAUCCCAUCAUCAAUUUGGCCAUUUUCUUCCCACUCGUCAGAGAGAUCCUGGCCGUCGUGUGCCGAGUGGCUUCGCCUUGUGGUCAAUUCACGCAGUCCAUCAUCGAUAAAGUUCAAGGUGUCAUUGAUAGUCGCCGAAAUGACUACCAAGUGGGAGUCGCUCCAACCAGCCACAACGACAUCCUUCAACUGUUGAUGGAAGCAUCUGAGAAUCGUCUGGAGAGUGAAAAUGCUGACGGACGUAGCCGGGCCAAUCAAUUGCUGACGGACGAUGAGAUCAUUGCAAAUGCCUGGGUCUUUCUCUUGGGUGGUUUUGAAACCACAGCUAAUGCUCUCACCUACUGCGCAUAUCUGAUCGCUACUCAUCCUGACGUCCAAGAGAAACUCCAUCAGGAACUAAUGGAUCACCUGGGGGAAAGUUCUGGCGAUCUUGAGACAGACUACAACAAAAUCAGUCAGUUAACUUACCUGGACCAGGUGUUUUCCGAGGCCUUGAGGCUCUUCCCACCUGUGGUGUUGUUCGUGAACCGAGAGGCGGCUGAAGACACCCAACUUGGUCAAUUUCACAUCCCGGCCGGCACCAAUGUUCAAAUUCCCAUUUGGCAAGUCCACCACGACCCCAACUUGUGGCCGGAUCCUUACCGCUUCGAUCCCGACCGAUUCGAACCAGAGUUGAAAAAGGACAGACAUCCCAUGGCAUGGAUUCCGUUCGGUUCCGGACCGCGCUCUUGUCUUGGAAUCCGAUUCGCAUGCCUGGAAGCUAAAAUCGCCCUGGCCAAGCUUCUCAUGAAAUACCGAUUGGUGCCUUGUGAGCGAACAGAAGAAAAGCUGACGCUCUCGGUCCCGACGGUGACUCUCAAUCCUAAGAAUGGCGUUUGGUUACGAGCGGAAAGGAGAGAUGCAACAUCGGCUUGCUGACCGAAGUAAGAAAUAAUAAAAAACAAAAAAAAAUAAUCAAAUUCCAAAUCGGAUCGACCCGUUUUGGUAGUAGAAAUUAGCAUAUGAUUGUCUCAUUCCGUUGUGUCUAGUAGUUAGAGCGAGUAAUUCGCUACAUUUGAUCUAAAAGUAUAUGAGAAGGGAAGUAAUUCCGCGUUGCACCUGUGCAGCAUCGGAACAAAACGAUGAUGACGCACCGGUGAUUAGCUUCUGUUCCUCAAUAUGGGCUGAUGGAUUCUUUUAAAAAACGUCGUGUUUACUGCUGAUACGCCGUCAAACAUACCCCCCCCCUUCUCUCUCUAUCGUGUCCACCCCACCACAUUAAUCUUCAUAUGAUUCUGUUAUGUCUUCUUUGAUUUGAUUACUUAUUUCCUUUCUCUUUCAACCCAUCAUGUUGUUUGAUGACGUCAGAAGUCGAUCCAUCAGUAUCCAGGGAACUAGCUCUUGACUUGACGUUCGUCAGUGUCAAACAGCAAAUGUUUUUAAGUGUGUUCCAGGCGAGUCUUUCUUCGUGUUUCCUUCUUCUGUGCGCAAUUUUCAAUAAUUCGCCCAUUUUUUUCUCUCAUUUUUAACGUUGUUUUUUCAAAAUAUGUCGACUAUUGGAACUCUUUUCUCCCUUAUUUUUAUCUCCACCACUUAUUGUUUGACUUUUCUCCUGGCAUAUCUCACAUAUCCUGGAGAGUUUCAAACAAGAAAGAAGAAAACAAAAUAUUGCGUUCCUAUCUCUUUUGACCACAAUAAUUUUCUUGGGGUGACAAGUUGCGACUUAACUCAGUGCUCAGCGUGUGUGUGUGUGUAGAUAUCGUCUCUUUAUUUGCAUUGUUUUUCUCUCCACUUUUCAUUUUUUUCACUACUACAUUUGACAUUAUUUUUUGUCUUAUUGGUUUUUUCGCUAAACUACUACACAAAAUUCGUUAAAAAAAAUCACGUGACAUUUUUUCAAUUUUUACUUUUUGAUAUAAUUGGGAUAGAUUUCCUAAUUUAUAAACAGAGACGCACGAUUUUCGGAGAAAAAAAAAAUAUAUCAUGAGAUUACAAUAAGAGUAUAUAGAACAUUGAUAAAUUCAUUGAUAUUGUUGUGGUGGGAUCAAUUUUCUUACUUUCCUAUGUGCUCCUGAAACAUUGCCUGGCUUUUCUGUUUGUGCCAUUGACCCAAUUAUGAGAGGAUUCCAUAACCCUGUAGGCAUUUGCAUGGGAAACAAACAAACAAACGAACAAACACAUUUUCCAUGAGGUGAGAGAGACAGGUGAAUUAUAAGGACCUGGACAUUCUUCAUUUUCACAAAAUAAAGUAAGUGAUUUUUGUAUAAAUAUUACUUUUGUUUUUGGUUUUUUCUUUCCAUAGAGCUCUCUUCUUCUUCGUAAAAAUUCACUGAGUUGAUAUUUUUAACUGCUGGGCAGAAAAAAGAACGGAGUGUUGCAAAAAGGAAAUGGUGGGAAUUUAAAAAAAAGGAUCGUUUUUGAGAAACUUGAUACGAGCGGGCGCGCACGGAAGACUAGGAUACCCCAAACGAGCGCGCGCACAGUUUA